AUGAUGGGGCACUAUUCCUCCCACUGACACCAAUGAUGGGGCACUAUUCCUCCCACUGACACCAAUGAUGGGGCACUAUUCCUCCCACUGUGACACCAACGAUGGGGCACCUUUCCUCCCACUGACACCAACGAUGGGGCACUAUUCCUCCCCCCCACUGACACCAACGAUGGGGCACUAUUCCUCCCCCCCACUGACACCAACGAUGGGGCACUAUUCCUCCCCCCCACUGACAUCAACGAUGGGGCACUAUUCCCCCCCC